AUGGCCGACGAUAUUGCAACUGUGCCGGCCUUCUUGGGUUCGAAGAAGGAUAAGAAGGAUACCCCUUACACCUCUCCCGAAGAUGGAAUGGAUAUUAUGGAGGUUGCCAAUGAGGGACAGGUGGAUCAGCUGAAGAAGAUUGCUGCCGAUGGCAAUGCCCAUUUCCAUCGUUUGGGCUGGAAGCGUCUCACAAUCGUCACCAUCGUUGAGGCUGUAGCCCUAGGCGCCCUGAGCCUUCCUGCAGCUUUCCACACUCUGGGGAUGUUCCUCGGCGUUCUUCUGUCUGUUCUCCUUGGUGUUGCUACCAUCUUUACGAGUUACAUCAUCGGCCAGGUAAAGCUCAAGCAUCCCGAGAUCCUUCAUUAUGCCGAUGCUGGCCGCAUGUUACUCGGUCGUUUUGGAUACGAACUCUUCGGUGCCGCCUUCGUGCUUGAGCUUCUUUUUGUUGUUGGAUCUCAUGCUCUUACUGGUAGUAUCGCCCUCGUCACCAUCAAUGGCGGCAAGGUCUGCUCCAUCGCCUUCUCUGCUGUUUCCGCCGUGAUUUUGCUCAUCCUUGCCAUCCCGCCCUCAUUUUCCGAAGUGGCAAUUCUUGGAUAUGUCGACUUCGUCUCAAUCGUAGCGGCGAUUGGCAUUACUAUCAUCGCAACAGGAAUACAGGGCACGAAAUCUCCCGGGGGUCUCUCCAGCAUCGAAUGGUCAGUGUGGCCAAAGGAGGAUCUAAGCUUCUCCAAGGCCUUUGUAUCUGUCAGCAACAUUGUCCUGGCAUACAGCUUCGCCAUCGGCCAGUUCUCCUUCAUGGAUGAGAUGCACACUCCCCGAGACUACAUGAAGUCCAUCUGGGCUAGUGUGAGCAUCCAGAUUGUCAUCUACACGCUGACCGGAGCUAUUUGCUACGCCUUCAUCGGCCCAAAUGUCCAGUCACCAGCUCUCCUAUCGGCUGGGAAUCUGGUCUCCAAGAUUGCUUUCGGCGUCGCUCUCCCAGUCAUCUUCAUUUCCGGAUCCAUCAACACCACAGUUGCACUCCGUUAUGUUCACGGCCGGAUGUUCAAGAAUUCAGUUGCCCGCUACGUCAAUACCCCUCUUGGCUGGAGCACGUGGAUCGGGCUGGUCACUAUUUUCACUAUUCUUGCUUGGGUCAUUGCUGAGGCAAUCCCUAUCUUUUCUGAUCUCUUGUCGAUUUGCUCGUCUCUCUUCGUUUCCGGCUUCUCCUUCUACAUCCCUGCCGUUAUGUGGUUCGUCAUGCUUCGUGAAGGGAAGUGGUAUUCAAAGAAAAACCUCGCCAUGAGUAUCGGCUGCUUGGUCGUCUUCAUCAUUGGUGUAGUUACUCUUGUAGGAGGAACUUAUUCGACUAUCAAGGAUAUCAUAUAG